UACAUUUCAUUAUUACUUUCUAUUUCUUAAUUUUACUUGUAAGUACUUUGUUAUUUGUUAUUAUGUUCCAAUACUCAAAUAUUACUACAAUACUCAUUUUUAUCUAUUUUUACUCGAGUUUUUGAAAUGUACUAUUACGGAUUGUUGAGAAAUUACGGUUAAUUUGUAUUAAAAUUUAAAAUUUCGCGUUAAAUGUUGCUACACGAUGUCCAAUUCCCGUUUGAAGCUUCAUCGAGUAGAUCAGCAAGGCGCAUAAUAAACCGCGCAGUGAGUCGUGGAGGUCGAGAGAGCUGCUUAAGGUGAGUCUAGGGCUGCAGUCAUUUUUCUACAGCCUCGUGCAGAGCGGUCCAGUCGGAGACCAGUCCUCUCCUCUCUCUCUCCUCUUUACCUUCCACCUCCCUCCAACUCUACUCGGCAGAUAUCCUGGACCCCGGCAUGUCCGUGGUACCUUCCACCUAACUACCUGAGGACUAGGUAAGCUUCGCGGUUCCUUACGCGUUGGAGUUACGGCGAAGACGCUUUAGGAGAAAUAAGGCCCAGAAGGUGGGUCUCAGGCAACAAUGACGCCCAGUUGAACGCGACGACUCGGCACUCUCCGCAUGUCCAAUAGUGCAUAGGCCGUUUAACAAAGUUUACACUCGUAAAAUAUUGUGCCAAUGUCAAUGUAUUCAUCCAAAUUGAUCAAUAGUCUUUGUUUGUGGAUUUGCUUGUAGUGUUAUUUCUCUCUCGAAUCUUCCAGUGUUGAGAAUUUAACAUAAAGCGCAUUUAUUGGAAAUCUCUCAAACAUUUUAAUUCUUAAGCAUUAGUGUUUAAAACCUUCGAUAAAAUAAUAAGUAUUGUUUUAUAGUGCAAUGUGAUGUAAAUUUGAGUGUUUUCAACGUUGGAAAAUUUACGGUGAAAGAUGUGUGAGUGCGGUGACGAGUGCUCCGAGGACACGAAGACGCGGGAAUUCCGAGAUGUCCUAUCUCAUUAGACCCGCAAAAACGUUAUUAAAAAUCUAAGAAGUUUUAGAAAAAUUCUGGACGAGAUUAGGACUUGAACACCUGAAAUGGCUACCCUCGGUCUUUCCAAAGUCUUCAUAUUGGACAAAUAUUUUACUGAGCUACAGAAGUUCUGGGAGACCGAGAAGAAGCUACAAGAUGCUUCCUCAUCGAACGAAGCGGUGCACCUACAGCAGCGUUUGCGGAGCCUCAGCACGGAACUGGUGACCCUGAGGAACCGGCUGCACGUAAGCCAACCGACAAACGCAUCAGGGCCGACAGGCGGAACCUCCGGACCCCUAUCGAAGAGCCCGGAAAAAAGUGGCGGACCCGCUUCACCAGCACCCGCAGUACCCCCGAGAACCACUCUACCACCUAGUGGCACAGUACCUCAUGGAAUCGGUCAUCCCGCGGGUCACACUUUGACAGCUUCCGUGAUUGUUCAUCCGCAUGUCAAUCAUACCGGUGCGAACACGCUCAAUCAUAACUCAACCGCAUCAAAUAAUUUAAUAUCUGAUUUAGAUUCUUCAAAACGUCAUAAUGGAGUACCUGAUGAUAGAAUAGUGUCCUGUGUGACGGCGUUAGGAUGUCUUCGGUCACCGCCGAUCUCCAGUAUCAUUGCUGAUGUAAAAAAUGCAAAAAGUAAUCAAAAUCAACAUCGAUGUCUUCCAAAAGCUACGUCCUCGUCCGGCCCUGCGACUUCCACGGCCUUCGAUGACCUCAUUCAUCUACCUGGACCUCUUACAGAAGAUGCAGUACUUAAAUGUCUUCAAGCUCGCUUUUGCGCUAAGCAGUAUCAUACAAACGUGGGUCCUAUACUGGUUUGCAUAAAUCCUUACACAGACGUUGGAAAUCCAUUAACCUUGACGAGCACUAGAUCGGUACCAUUAGCACCUCAGCUGAACAAGGUCGUCCAGGAAGCCGUGAGACAACAAUCGGAGACCGGGUAUCCGCAGGCGAUUAUUCUUUCUGGGACGAGCGGUUCCGGAAAAACGUACGCUUCAAUGCUAUUACUUAGGCAACUCUUCGAUGUCGCCGGCGGCGGACCGGAAACGGACGCUUUUAAACACCUAGCAGCAGCCUUCACAGUCCUCAGAUCCUUGGGCUCAGCGAAAACCGCCACAAACUCGGAGAGUUCAAGGAUAGGCCACUUCAUCGAGGUGCAAGUGACGGAUGGUGCCUUAUACAGAACAAAAAUACAUUGUUACUUUUUAGACCAGACAAGGGUGAUCAGACCGUUGCCAGACGAAAAGAAUUACCAUAUAUUUUAUCAAAUGUUAGCUGGAUUGUCUCACGAUGAGCGAGUUAAAUUAAAUCUGGAAGGAUAUAAUCUGAAAAAUUUGAGGUAUCUUCAACAUGGCGACACGCGACAAGAUGAAGCUGAAGAUGCUAUUCGGUUUCAAGCGUGGAAAGCUUGUUUAGGUGUUUUAGGCAUUCCAUUUUUGGAUGUCGUAAGAGUGUUAGCAGCGGUGCUCAUCCUCGGAAACGUCGGUUUCACAGAUGGUCCUGGUGUGGAAGUGGGCGUAAUUGGUGAGAACGAAUUAUCCUCCGUAGCUACACUCCUGGGAGUUCCUCCACCAGCAUUGUUACGAGGGCUCACCUCGAGGACUCACAAUGCGCGCGGCCAGCUCGUUAAAUCUGUCUGCGAUGCCAACAUGUCUAAUAUGACCAGAGAUUCGCUGGCAAAAGCACUUUACUGCCGUACUGUAGCUACAAUAGUAAGACGAGCCAACAGCUUAAAGAGACUUGGUUCGACUCUCGGCACUCUUUCGUCAGAUUCCAAUGAAUCUGUUCAUAAUCAAGCAGACGUUACUAGCCAACACGCCUCUACCAUUGGAAGUUCAGCAGGGGGUACAGGAUCUAGAAGCAUGACUGCUCUGAAUAACGCUGUACGACACGCCACGGACGGUUUCAUCGGUAUCCUGGACAUGUUCGGGUUUGAGGAUCCUAAGCCGAGCCAGCUAGAGCACCUCUGCAUCAAUCUUUGCGCGGAGACGAUGCAGCACUUCUACAACACUCACAUAUUCAAGAGCUCCAUCGAGAGUUGCCGCGACGAAGGCAUCCGGUGCGAUGUCGAAGUUGACUAUGUCGACAACGUGCCAUGCAUUGAUCUCAUUUCUUCCUUGCGUACCGGAUUGCUAAGUAUGUUAGAUGUAGAAGGAUCUAUACACGGAACCGCGGAAAGUUACGUCGCCAAAGUGAAGGUGCAGCAUAAGCAAAAUCCUCGAUUAUUCGAACCUAGAACCGUCGACUGUAGAUCCUUCGGUAUUCAGCACUUCGCAGGAAGAGUCACCUACGACACUUCAGACUUUUUGGAUACAAAUAAGGAUGUUGUCCCUGAUGACUUGGUUGCGGUUUUCUACAAGCAUACUUGCAGUUUCGGCUUUGCUACUCACUUGUUUGGUAGUGAAUUGAAAGCAUUAUAUGCGAGCGAUACUGUGCCGAGAGGCGUCAGUUUCCGGAUAUCGCCAACUUCUCACACCGAUCUUUUAAACGGAGACGAGCCAAUAUCGACGUUGACACAGGACUUUCAUACGAGGUUAGAUAAUCUCUUGAGAACCCUUGUCCAUGCUAGACCGCACUUCGUCAGAUGCAUCCGUAGCAAUAGCACCGAGACGCCGAUGCACCUCGACAGGGGAGUUGCGAUGCGCCAGAUACGUUCAUUGCAGGUCCUGGAAACAGUAAACCUCAUGGCGGGAGGAUAUCCGCAUAGAAUGCGAUUUAAAGCCUUCAACACGAGAUAUAGGUUGAUUGCACCUUUCAAACAACUGCGUCGCGCCGAGGAACAAGCUGUCGAGGACACGAAAUUGAUUUUACAAAAUGCGCAGCAGCUAAAGAGUAAAUUUGGUGCCAGCACUAGUUGGGCUGUCGGUAAGCGGCAUAUUUUCCUCAGCGAAGGUAUCAGGCAGCAGCUCGAAAACUUGCGAGCGGAAACUCAAAGAAAAGCUGCUACAGCGAUACAGGCUACUUGGAAAGGAUGGUGUGUACGAAAAAGAUGGCCUUUGAGAAGGACAACCCUAGGAGUAACAUCUGGCAUUGGUCAGAAGAAACCUCAACAACCACCUACCGGAACCAAUACCGGAACCGUUCAGCGGAAUGUCACUGCUGGUGCAGGAACUGGAACUGGCACUCGUCCAAGACCACAGCCAAUUGCUGGCACACCUCCUCCCGAUCCUUCGGAGAAAUGCGCUGAUCAAAAGAUGAUCCAACAAACUUGUACACUUUUUGGAUUGGAUUUAGAACGGCCGCCACCUGUCCCUCCUAGUAGAUCCUAUACCGUGACCGGAAACACAAAACUUGGUUAUCCGCAAACCAGGAUUAUGAAAAUGCCUUUUCCAGAAGAGGGUGAAGGCGAAGUAGCCCUGUUAAAAGGAGAAACAGUUUUGGUUGUGGGUGCAUCACCUAGACGAGGCCAUCUUGUUGUAGAGCACAAUAAUACUACAUUACAUGUGCCGUAUCAAUUUAUGGAAUUGAAACCUUGUAAUAUUAAUGUUUAA